AUGGAUCUUUUGGAGUUGGGGGACAUGGGCGGUGGCUGUGAGGAUGAAAACUGUAGCCUUGCUUCAGGCUUCCCAGAUAACCGCUUGAACCAAGAGUCCCCGCUGGACGAACCUGUGUUUGGACUGAUUGAGUUAGUGUGUGUGACUGUCAUUUACAUUCCACUGAUGCUCUUUGGCCUUCUGGGAAAUACACUGACAAUUCUGGUGGUUUGGCUCCGACCUCACAUGAGGAGCUCUACCUACCUCUACCUGAGCAGUAUGGCUGUUAGUGAUCUGCUGAUACUGCUGCUGCUGCCUCUGGACCUCUAUAAGCUCUGGAGGCCCAGGCCCUGGCCCUUUGGAGACUUAACCUGUAAGCUGACGAUGUUCCUCUCGGAGUGCUGCACCUUCUGCACCAUCCUCCACAUCACCUUCCUCUCCCUGGAGAGGUAUGUGGCAGUCUGCUGGCCAAUCACUGCCAAGACGCUGGUGACGAGGCGCAGGACCAGGGCUCUAAUCGCCUGCCUCUGGCUGGGUGCGGCCGUCAGUGCAGCACCGGUGCUGGUCAUGGUUGGAGUGGUGGAAUUUGGCGGAGAGGAGCAAGGAGUCAGCCAAUGGAGGGAGGGUGGAGGGUGGCCAGGCAGGGAUGGAGAAAAGGGAGAAUUCAUGAUAGGUGGAAGGGAACAAGGAAUUAGACGUAUAACCUCGAUGGAUGGAAGGCUAGAGGGAAUAAAUUGGGAAGAAAAAGGUAAAAAGGAACUGAGUGAAAGAGUCGGAGAGUUUAAAUGGUUUGGAGAGAAAGAGGAGAGAAAAAUGGGAAUGGGAGAAAAAGAUGAGAGGAGACAAGGAGAUGACGGAGGAGGUGAAGAAGAAGGAAAGAAUGAAGCUGAGGGAGAACGGCAAAAUAAAAUGAGAGAAGAUGAGGGAGGAGGAAGGGAAGAAGGUUACGGAGGACAGAUUGACAUGCGGGAAUGCCGCUGCACGCACUACGCCGUCUCCUCUGGACUGUUGUCGGCCAUGACCAUUCUCUCCAACUUGUACUUCCUGGUUCCCCUAUGCAUCCUGGGCCUGGUCUACAGCCUGAUUGGACGGACGCUGUGGCUCCGCCCACAGAGCAGCCGUAGAGAGCAGAGUCACCGACACACUGUCAAAAUGCUGGGAGUGAUUGUCUUGGCGUUCGUCCUGUGCUGGCUGCCCUUCCACGUGGGUCGGACCAUUUUCUCUCUCACUCACGUCAAGACCGGAAAGACGAGCGCUCACACAGAGAUAGAUGAAAUACCCUGUGGUAUCUGUGCAAAACCCAAGGUCCAAAUCGACACACACGCUACUUUAGACGCACACCUGGCGGACACAGAAGCUGAGAAGCACGCUGACACGGACACACAAUCCGAUGAUGCCAGCACAGACGAACACCACGCUAACGUCACUUUUGAUGCUGAGAUGGGAAUAAACUGCAGUACUUCUCCAAAGACCAUAGACUGUCUAUACGACACCGCCAGCCAUGCAGGCCUGGUUCCUGACGCUUCCCUGGACGCCUCGCUGGCCUCUUUGUUGUCUCUGAACUCCUCCCGGGCUCUGGAGCAGCAGUACUCCACCUUGCAGAGUGGCAUGAGCCAGCAACAGAGGCUUGACUUCAACCGUGACCUCUUCACUCUCUUCGGAGGAAACGGCACGGUGAGUUAUGGUGGUGUGGGCGUUGUUGCACUUGCCCUCUCAGUCCUGUUUGAGAUGCUAGCCCAUCAUCAGACCACUGGGUCGGGCUCGUCCAGCCCGGAAGCCAAUGCCCCACCUCCAGACCCCAUACGCAGAAUGUUCGGCGCCGACGCGUGGUCGGACAUCAGCUCGAUUGCCAGCGAGUUUCUCAAACAGAUUCCUGGUGCAGCCAAUGACCAGGACAAGAUGGCGGCACUCCUGGAGAGCUACGAGAGACGGCUGCGAUCCGACCUGACGGAGUCCUAUGAGAGGAUGGUGUUAGAGGAGAGGAGCGCUCUCAGCUCUGCCGGGGUGAAGCAAUGGAUGAACGGAGCUGCUCUCCAUGUCCACACCUUCCUCCACUGGAAGCGUCUGAGCAACUCUUCAGCUGGAGAAGCCUUAAGCCUGGACUACCUGCAGCAUGUUGACCCUCUGCUGCAGAUCUACAGAGAGUAUCUGCUCCAAACGGUUAAAGUGUUUCCGGCCUCAAGCUCCGGCCCCAGCGGGUUGCUGAUAGUGGAGCCUCUGAGAAACGUGAGCCACGGGGUUCACUACAGGGUCUGUGAACGUAGGGCCAUACAGCGGACUCUGGCGGAGCGCUUCCUGUCCGACCAGGACCUGCAGAGGGGAAAGGAGUUCUUCCAGAGCUCCCACAAGCACCGUGACGCUCUGAUGGCACAGCGAGGACACUUUCAGCUGAGUGUGGUUAGAGAACAAUAA